AUGCGCUUCCAAAACCCCUUCGCCUUUCGGUCGGGUCCGGUCUCAUUCUGGACCACCGUCAUCUACCUCGCCCUCGUCAUCCCUCUUAUCUACGUCCACGAGACUGUCCCACCAGCUCCUUCGGAUCGCUCGCUCUACCAAGGCCUCAACUUGACCGAGGCGUGGUUGGAUCUUCAAACGAUAAGCCGCGCAUUCCAUCCGUACAACAGUCACGAGAACGAUGUAGUUCGGCAAUUUCUCAUCGAUCGCACCAAGGAGAUUCUGGAUCGCAACAGCAUGCCCUACACGACUGAGACGAUUGGUGGUGUGGAUUGGCACACAAGGACCGCUUUUGCGCGAACUCAAGAUUCGGACCUCAAUUCUCGUGAUGAGUUCAUCCAGUCUCGGCCUCGCGGGGCCACUCUUUUCGACGACAAAAUCUCCAACGUCACCUGGACCUACAACACAGCCAGGCCUACUGGUACCAACAUCGCUAAGGGCACUUGGAUGGGGCAGUACUUUGAGGGGAACAACUACUACGUUUACAUCCAUGGCAAAGAUGACCCCGAGGGCGAGUGGUGGCGCUCAGAAUCGGCUUACAAGAAGUUCCGCGGCCAAGGUGGUGUCCUCGUCAACUGCCAUUUUGACUCGGUCUCUACUGGCUACGGAGCUACUGAUGACGGCAUGUCUUGUGUGUCGAUGCUCCAGCUGCUGAGCUACUUUACAUUGCAAGGCCGUCAGCCCAAGAACGGCAUUGUUUUGCUCUUCAACAAUGCUGAAGAAGAUGGUCUUCUUGGUGCCCGAGCCUUUGGCUACAGUCCUCUGCUGCACUUCACACAUACCUUUGUCAAUCUUGAAGGUGCCGGAGCUGGUGGCCGUGCCAUCCUCUUCCGAACUACCGACUUGCAAGCUGCCAAGGUGUACGCCAAGAGCCCUCAUCCCUUUGGAUCUGUUGUUGCUGCCAACGCUUUUGAGAGAGGUGUCAUCAAGAGUGCGACCGAUUACGAGAUCUUUGCCGACAUUUUCGGACAGCGUGGAAUGGACAUUGCCUUUUACGCUCCUCGCGCUCGGUACCACACCAACCAGGAUGAUACUCGUCACACCUCUGUUAACAGCAUUUGGCACAUGCUCUCGGCGGCCCUUGCAUCGACUGAGAGGUUUUCACAGAUUACCGGCACUACAUUCCAUGGCGAUCGAUCUGAUGGAAAGUCUGACCUUGUGCAGAAUGGUAAAAAGGCCGAGGGUGUGUGGUUCGACAUUUUUGGCUCAGCUUGGGCUGUCUUUGCGCUUAGGGGGCUGUUUGCAUGGUCUCUAACGCUCCUCGUCGCCACACCCUUGAUCCUGGUUGCCGUCACUUAUAUUCUGGCGCGGAAGGACAAGUACUACUUCUUUUCCAGAGACAUCAAGAUGCAUCACGACAUUAAUGAUGACCCGGUGGUGCUGGGUGGCUGGAAGGGCUUCUUGCGCUUCCCGUUUGCCCUCGCCUUUGCAGGGGCCCUUACUAUUGCGUCUACUCUUCUUCUUGCUAAGUUCAACCCUCUCAUCAUCUACAGCAGCCCUUAUGCUGUUUGGUCCAUGACUCUCUCGCUCUUCUACUUUUCGUUUUGGCUUAUCAUGCGAGGGGCCAGUUUUGUUCGCCCGAGCGCCCUUCACCGUGGAUUUGUUCUUAUCUGGCUCUUUGCUCUUGGCUGGGGGUUGCAGGUUGUGGGUGCUGUGGCAGAGGAUCGCAUGCACAUUGCCGCCCUAUAUGCGACUGUGUUCCUCCAGUCUGCUGUCUUCCUAGCCUUGUUCAUCUCUCUGUUGGAGCAGUUCGCCCUUCUUGGAAAACACGAUUUUGCCAUGCAGCUUCAUGAUGCCCAUCAGGCACGAGAUGUCUCAAGCCAUGGCACUGACCACGAAUCGCGACCUCAGCCCGAGGAGGAACCUACUCAGCCUGAGGGCGACGACGACGCAUCCGAGGAUGCAACGGAGACAACACCGCUCAGAGCGAACGAGCCAGGCUAUGGAUCCAGCACUAGGACAUCGUUUGCUACCACCUAUCGUCGCUCCGUUGCUGAGAACGCGCCCUCCCCGCCUAGGAUGCGAAGAUAUCAACCUUACGAACAUGAGCAAUCGUGGUCGGGGCGACUCCCUUCUUGGACUUGGAUUAUCCAAUUCCUUCUCUUGGCCCCUGUACCUGUUAUCUUGUUUGGCAACCUCGGCCUAGUUGCUAUGUCUGCUUUGCAGAUGACAGGCACAGAUGGUGGCAGCCUCCUAGUGCCCGUGCUGUCUUUGGGUAUCGUGAGCAUUUUCCUCUUGCUCCCGCUCACGCCCUUUAUCCACCGUGUCUCGCAUCAUGUCCCUAUGUUCUUGUUGUGCGUAUUCGCAGGCACCUUCAUCUACAACCUGGUGGCAUUCCCGUUCUCAGACAGCCAUCGCUUCAAGUUUUACUUCCAGCAGGUUGUUGACCUCGAUAAUGGAACCGACACUGUUUCCAUUGUGGGACUGGAGAAGUUUUCGCGCUCAGUCAUUAAGUCAUUGCCGAGUGCUAGCAGUCAGGACAUUAAGUGUGAGAAAGCUGUUGGGCGAGAUCUCAUGGAGUGUCUGUACGACUCAUCUACUCUGUCCCCUCACUUGGUCGAAGGCAAGACACCUAGAGAGUUGAUCACGUUUGAGACGGUGGAUGGCACGAACGCGUCGAAGGGACGACUCCGAAUUGAUGCCUUGGACUCGAGACUUUGUUACCUUCACACGUCACGACCGAUUUACGGCUUUGCUGUUGAUGGCGGAGCCGCAAGAGAUCCUCGCUUUGGCGGAUUCCCCUCAGAGGGUUUUAAGACCAUCCAACUUUGGCGACGUGAUCGGGAUCGACCUUGGACUGUGAAUCUCUAUCUGGACGAGCACGCUCAACAAGCUGACAAGUCUUUUGAGGGAGGGCACAACAAGCAACUUGGAGAUGGCUCAGUCGUGCACCGCCGGGCGGAUGAUCCUCUCGAAGUGACGGUUCGGUGUGCUUGGAGCGAUGCCAACAAGCCUGGAACCAUCCCGGCGCUUGAUGAGCUUCUUAAGUACAUGCCGACUUGGGCUGCCGUUACCAAGAAGAAUGUUGGAUUGGUGGAAGUUCACAAGACGUACAAAGUUUGA